GUGUUCGAGUCGGCGCUUGGCUUUGAAAGUCGGCGUGAAGUCGCUGCCAAACGCCGUGACGGCGAGUCGACCCGCGCCAGGUCCCCGCAGUUCACCGCUAGUCCACCACUGACCCCGUGCACAACACCGAAAGCAGUUCCAAUGUCCUUACUGGGGACAUUGGGGGAAUAACGUGAUCCUCCCAUGUGCUACGUCCCCCUGGUGAAACUCCUCACUGUCAGGUGAAAAGAAGUGGCUGGCGACUCCACAUGUAUUGGAGGAGCAUGUGCAGCCCUCCCUGGAUUGGCAGAGGGGGUGGAGCAGCAACCGGGAUGGCUCAGAAGAGUGGGAUGCCAUGUUGAGUCAUUGUUGAACCUCCAUACAGUGUGAACUUCUGUCAACUCAACCUUGUGAGACUGAGACCACAGACAAACCAAACGACUAGUGAUACAGCUCUGGAUUUGGACCUUUUUUUGUAUAGCAGCCUGCGUUUACUCCUUUUCUUCCUACGCCUUUUGAACCUCAACAGCUGAUAGCAUGGCUUGGUUUGUGUUUCCUGAUGAUAGCCUGCUAUGUAUGUGUCUUGGUAUCUCCUUCACUGUGUGGUUCACCCUUCUGCUAGUCUUCAUAAUUGUUCCAGCCAUUCUUGGAGUGUCUUUUGGUAUUCGCCGAGUCUACAUGAGAACACUUAUCAAGAUCUUUGAGUGGGCAACAUUGCGAAUGGAGAGGGGAGCAAAGGAGAAGAAUCAUCACCUCCAUAAGCCGUAUAGUAACGGUAUCAUUGCAAAAGAGCCUUCAUCAUUAGAGCAGGAGAUUCAGGAGCUUCGGGGCUUAGGCAGUAGUUUGGGCUCAGAGCCAGAGUUUGGGAUGGCUGACAUCUUCUACUUUUGCCGGAGGGGUGUGGAGAGCAUUGUGGAUGAUGAGGUGAUCAAGCGCUUUUCAGCCCAAGAACUGGAGAGCUGGAACCUGCUGACACGUAGCAACUACAACUUCCGCCAUAUUAGUUUGAGACUCAGAGUCCUCUGGGGUCUUGGACUCGUCACCCGCUAUGGCUUCCUGCUGCCUCUCAGGGUUACUCUAGCAGUUACUGGCAUUGGUCUUCUCCUUGUCCUGACUACUUUGGUAGGCUUUUUACCAAGUGGAAAGUUGAGGAACCACCUGAGUGAGAAGGUUCAUCUGAUGUGUUAUCGAAUCUGUGUGAGAGCCCUCACAGCCAUCAUCACUUAUCACAACAGACAGAACAAACCAAAAAAUGGAGGAAUCUGUGUGGCCAAUCACACUACUCCCAUUGAUGUCAUUAUACUGGCCAAUGAUGGCUGCUAUUCUAUGGUCGGCCAGGUUCACGGAGGGUUGAUGGGGGUUGUGCAGAGAGCUAUGGUGAAAUCCUCCCCACACAUCUGGUUCGAGAGAUCUGAAGUCAAAGACAGACACCUUGUGGCCAAAAGACUUAGCGAUCAUGUAGCUGAUAAGUCAAAACAGCCAAUCCUGAUUUUCCCAGAGGGUACUUGCAUCAACAAUACUUCAGUGAUGAUGUUCAAAAAGGGCAGCUUUGAAAUUGGCUGCACUGUUUACCCGGUGGCAAUUAAGUAUGACCCCCGCUUCGGAGAUGCAUUCUGGAAUAGCAGCAAAUUUGGCAUGGUAAACUACCUGCUGAGGAUGAUGAGCAGCUGGGCCAUUGUCUGCAGUGUUUGGUACCUGCCACCUAUGAACAGAGAGGAGGGAGAGGAUGCAAUGCAAUUUGCCAACAGAGUCAAAGCAGCCAUAGCUGCACAAGGAGGAUUAGUGGACCUCAUCUGGGAUGGAGGCCUGAAGCGAGCAAAGGUGAAAGAUGUUUUUAAAGAGGAGCAGCAAAAGCUGUACAGCAAAGUUCUAGUUGGUGAUCAGGAAGACCAAAGUGAAGACAACCCUGUAGCAAAUGGAGGGCUUGAACCAAAGGAGGAAGAGAGCACCCAGGGCUGUGUUGUGGGUGACAGAGGAAAUGACUGAAAAAGCUCUGCUAUUAUCCCUCUGAAUUAAAUCAUCUGGAAAGACUUAAUCUUCGACAUUGAGUUAUAAUAAUCUGAAACUAUUUUUUAAAAUGAACAUUUAAACAUUAUGACCGAACUGGUCUAAUUUUCUGCAGGUUCUUAACCAAACACUGUUUAACUUGUGCUACACUUUGCACAAACAGUAGAGUUGUGGAAUGUUAUUUCUUAGCAUUUCAAUUUUCAUCUUUACUUGUACUUAUUCAAUAUAUUUAUCUACAUUAUCUGUGCAUGUUCUGAAAAUAGAAUGUUUACAGCCAGGAAGGUCAAAUGAGAGCCGUUGAAAUUUUGCCAAAUCAGUGUCCGGACUGACAAGACCAUACCAGAUCAGUCAAGACCCAGGUUAACAACGGCCGCCAUUGGUGCUAUGCCCUCACAGGGUACUGGUGUAAACUAUAAAAUCUGCUGUGACAAUCCCUGAGAAAGAGGCAAUAAGCUGAAAGAAGAAGAAUCAGUAAAACAUAUGCUAACAAUAGUUGUGUUACUUUAAUUCCUAUUUUGUUUGUAUACCAAAAAUCCUGUUAUGGUAUUCUGAAAUGUAUAUUUUUAAUUUUUACUGCACAAUGAGUGUUUUAUUGGUGAUUAAAACAUAGU